GGAGGGGCGCGCGCGGGGGCCCGAGGGGCGAAGGCGCGAGUGCGCGAGAGCGCGUGCGCGAGCGGUGGGGCUUUCUCCUGAGCCGUCGGAGGGAGCCGGAGCGCUUCUCCCGAGUUGGUGAUAGAUUGGUGGUCAUCCAACAUGCAGAAAUGAAUGAGCAGUGAAAAGCAGCAGAGCCGAUGGGUCAUGAGGAUGUAAGUGCGUUUGAAGGCUUCCACACCCUCUACUCCAGGAUGAGGAAACAGGUACAGAGAGAUGAAGCCAAUUACCCAAGAAGGCAGAAACAGAUUUAGGUGAUGCUAACACUGGAAAAAGUCCAAGAUUUCACUGAAAAGUCUUCCAUGUGUUCAGAAUAUAAAUCCUAUUAACAGGGCUUCAUCAUGAUACUUCUUAAAUUACGUUCUUGAUAGCAGUCAUUCAAGAGAGCCUCUCAGCUUUUAAAUGUGCCGACAGAAUCAUGAAUAAACUGGAGGAUAAGCAGGACCAGAUGAUACCAUGAAGAGAAGUUUACAGGCCCUCUAUUGCCAACUGUUAAGUUUCCUGCUGAUCUUGGCACUGACCGAAGCGCUGGCAUUUGCCAUCCAGGAACCAUCUCCCAGGGAAUCUCUUCAGGUCCUCCCUUCAGGCACUCCCCCGGGAACCAUGGUGACAGCACCCCACAGCUCUACCAGACAUACUUCUGUGGUGAUGCUGACCCCCAAUCCCGAUGGACCCCCCUCACAGGCUGCAGCUCCCAUGGCAACACCGACACCCCGUGCAGAGGGGCACCCUCCUACGCGCACCAUCUCCACCAUCGCUGCGACAGUAACCGCCCCCCAUUCUGAAAGCUCCCUGUCCACAGGGCCCGCUCCAGCAGCCAUGGCAACCACAUCCUCCAAGCCAGAGGGCCGCCCUCGAGGGCAGGCUGCCCCCACCAUCCUGCUGACAAAGCCACCGGGGGCCACCAGCCGCCCCACCACAGCGCCCCCCCGCACUACCACACGCAGGCCCCCCAGGCCCCCAGGCUCUUCCCGAAAAGGGGCUGGUAAUUCAUCACGCCCUGUCCCGCCUGCACCUGGUGGCCACUCCAGGAGUAAAGAAGGACAGCGAGGACGAAAUCCAAGCUCCACACCUCUGGGGCAGAAGCGGCCCCUGGGGAAAAUCUUUCAGAUCUACAAGGGCAACUUCACAGGGUCUGUGGAACCAGAGCCCUCUACCCUCACCCCCAGGACCCCACUCUGGGGCUACUCCUCUUCACCACAGCCCCAGACAGUGGCUGCGACCACAGUGCCCAGCAAUACCUCAUGGGCACCCCCCACCACCUCCCUGGGGCCUGCAAAGGACAAGCCAGGCCUUCGCAGAGCAGCCCAGGGGGGUGGUUCUACCUUCACCAGCCAAGGAGGGACACCAGAUGCCACAGCAGCCUCAGGUGCCCCUGUCAGUCCACAAGCUGCCCCAGUGCCUUCUCAGCGCCCCCACCGCGGUGACCCACAGGAUGGCCCCAGCCAUAGUGACUCUUGGCUUACUGUCACCCCUGGCACCAACAGACCUCUGUCUACCAGCUCUGGGGUCUUCACGGCUGCCACGGGGCCCACCCCAGCUGCCUUCGAUACCAGUGUCUCAGCCCCUUCCCAGGGGAUUCCUCAGGGAGCAUCCACAACCCCACAAGCUCCAACCCAUCCCUCCAGGGUCUCAGAAAGCACUAUUUCUGGAGCCAAGGAGGAGACUGUGGCCACCCUCACCAUGACCGACCGGGUGCCCAGUCCUCUCUCCACAGUGGUAUCCACAGCCACAGGCAAUUUCCUCAACCGCCUGGUCCCCGCCGGGACCUGGAAGCCUGGGACAGCAGGGAACAUCUCCCAUGUGGCCGAGGGGGACAAACCGCAGCACAGAGCCACCAUCUGCCUGAGCAAGAUGGAUAUCGCCUGGGUGAUCCUGGCCAUCAGCGUGCCCAUCUCCUCCUGCUCUGUCCUGCUGACGGUGUGCUGCAUGAAGAGGAAGAAGAAGACCGCCAACCCGGAGAACAACCUGAGCUACUGGAACAACACCAUCACCAUGGACUACUUCAACAGGCAUGCUGUGGAGCUGCCCAGGGAGAUCCAGUCCCUUGAAACCUCUGAGGACCAGCUCUCAGAGCCCCGCUCCCCAGCCAAUGGUGACUAUAGAGACACUGGGAUGGUCCUUGUUAACCCCUUCUGUCAAGAAACACUGUUUGUGGGAAACGAUCAAGUAUCUGAGAUCUAACUACAGCAGGCAUCACUUUGCCAUUCCGUAUUUUUCGUCUCUAAAUUAUAAAUAUACAAAUAUAUAUAUUAUAAAUAUAACCUUUGUGUAACCCUGACUUAAUGAGAAACAUUUUCAGCUUUUUUUCCUAUGAAUUGUCAACAUCUUUUUUACAAGUGUGGUUUAAAAAAAAAAAACUUUACAGAAUGAUCUGUGGCUUUAUAAAAUAAAGGUAUUUCUAAGCAAAGCA